CUGACUGAGCGUCCAGCUCCCGGCACUGACUGCCUGAGCUCUCGGCGCUCGCUGUCCACCUACUAUUGUGUGCGGUCUCACACGGAGAACGGAACUGGCUGUCUGCACCUGUGAUUGCAGAGAUGGAGUUUGCAUGUGGAAGGUGAGGAUUCCUGCAGCCCUUACUCCACCUGCCCCCCAGGCUGCAUGCAGAGACCCUAUGUAUGGACUGCUGACCGGCUCAUCUCAGGAGGCUUGGACUGGGCUACGAAAAGGAGAACAGCAGCAUGUGGAGGGAAAGUGAUGGGACAUUUUGUAUUUGUUGAAGGGGCCCAGCUUUUCUUCACCAAGAGUUCUUAAAGCCACAUGGACCCUGAUGGAGCCCCGGGCAGGAUACCAGGAAAUAGCGGGCACGCGGAUGGGCUACCUACAUGUUGGAGGCCGGCAGCUUUUUGCCCUUGCCGAGGUGCUAAGUGGCCCACUGAGAGGAGUUCCUCGGGGGCGUGUCUGUCGGCGUAUGGAGAGACUGCAUAUUCAGAGCCGGCGUUGUGACCUACGAGAGCUCCGUGCCCUAAAAGCCCUUAGAUCUGUCCCAAGUCGAGCCGUGCAGUGUUGUCUUAUAUCCAGGGAGGACCUCCAUGUCCUUUGCUCCUCAUCAUGGGGGCCAAAUACAGUCAUUCCUAAAGAAUGGAUGCAAGUUGAGGGAGACGCACCUCAAACCCCUCAAAAGGAGUGUGUGCCCUCCAGGAUGAGAGCCGCCUUCCCACCUGAGCUUGUGGAUAUAUUUCCAAGUGCCCUACAUAGCCCAGCUACCUCAGUGGGCUACUCCAGCCCCUCGGACUCUACUAUUGACCAGACAAGUUUCUCGGACACAGAAUCUGACAGCAGCGGUGAUGUUUAUCGGUCGGUAGAGAUCAAUAAGAUAAGUCGUCAAAUCAUAACGCGGAGUCGUGACUGCAGAGAUUUGAAACAACCGGUAAAGGACACACAAACUGCUCUGCAGGUUAGUAGUCCAACGCCUCCUCAGGCAUCCAAGGCUAAAGAACCUUCUGAGGAUAAAAUGUGUGUGACCCAGGAGUGUGGACAGUCUCCUAAAAUAGCAGAGGACAAUGAAGAGGAGGCAUCUCUACCUCCAGAGGAGGAAGAUCAUGAUGAGGUUCCUCAAUCUGCAGAACCAGAGCCCAGGGUACAACAGUUUGAUAGGCUGGUCCGGCAAUCCAAAUUGUGGUGUUAUGCCAGGGGCUUUAGAACAGACUUGAGAGACUUGCACCCUGCCAUUACCCGUAAGUGUAGCAAGUCCCCUGGAGCCAAGAGGCCAGGCAGGCCUAAAGGAAAGGGGCUACUAAAGAAGAAGAGGAAGAAACUGGACAGAAAUGCCAUUGGAAGAAGAUCUGCCUCAAACCUUCACGCACCUGUUAGACCCCCAUUUAGCUUUUUGGGGAAUUUUCCAGCACCCCCCUCUCUAGUGGUGGGAGAGGAUGGGGACCUGUGUCCGGCUUAUUCUUUAAAUACACAGGACCAGAAAGCUGUGCCUAGAACUCACCCUGUCUGGGGCUGGAACCCAGGAGGAAAUGCCAUCCCUUUACCUCCUAGUCUGAAAUUUAGGACCUUUCCCAAGGACCAUCUGUGACUGGGAAGUGAACGCAAUAUAAUUCAAACCAUGUACAUUUUCCUUGGGUCAUCAUGUCCUGGCACUUGUGCCCAUCGGCAUGGUUCUUCAUUCUUAGAGAAGGCCUGGAAUGAGUACAACGUGCCAUUACCUGGAUAUAUUUGAGUUUUGACUGGAGUAGGUGCUGUUGCUUCUUCUGCACUGACUUUGCUUUCCUCCACCAUAGCACACAA